ACAUUGAAAAAGAAUUGGCAGAAUUAAUAGAACAAAGGAACAAUAGUAUAUUUUUUAAGGAUUAUUACCAAAAGAAAAUAUUAGAAAAAGAAGAAGAAUGGUAUAACUUGAAAUACUCUGAAAUUGAAAGGAAUAUUGAUUAA